GCGGAAUCAGCACAGCAGGAUGUUGUUGAAGACGCAAGAAUUGGGCUCGGCGGCCGUCCCGGCGCCUUUGUCUCCAAUGUUCAAGCAGCCAUUGAUGCAAAACUUGAGCUCCCUUCCGGCCAAAAGUGCUUACGGAUUCCAAUGGUAGAUGCGCCAUUGUUCGGAUCGAUUUGCACUCGACAAGCCCUCGAUGGUAGUUACGUUCACGCGGAUAAUGUAUUACCACCGCGCAAGCAAACGGAUGGACUGGUAAUCUUUUACUGGCGGCAUAUGGAGCCUUUUGAACCGCUUCUUGACUAGGAACGCUUUUUUCACUCCUAUCAAGCCCUGUUCUCGGGAAGUGACGUUGGCUGCGAUGAACGGAUCUUCAUCAGUACUCUGCACGCCAUAUGUGCAAUAUUCACUCAGCUACAGGGAUCUAUCCUACCAGAACAGAGAAAUGAAUCUAGCAGCACAUUCUUUUUGCGUUCAUAUUCUG